AUGAGACCUCAGAAAACUUCGAUCCACGCCAUCUCCACAUGGGUCAGGCGACAACCACCAAAGGUCAAGGCUUUUCUUGCCGUCGUUUCCGGCAUGGCCGCUCUUGUUCUCCUCCGAUUCAUCGUUCACGAUCACGAUAAUCUCUUUGUCGCUGCUGAGGCUGUUCACUCCCUCGGAAUCUCCGUUCUUAUCUAUAAACUCAUGAAAGAGAAAACCUGUGCCGGAUUAUCACUCAAAUCCCAGGAAUUAACAGCUAUAUUUUUAGCUGUUAGGCUGUAUUGUAGUUUUGUCAUGGAAUAUGACAUACACACCAUACUUGAUUUGGCUACUUUCGUCACUACGGUGUGGGUUAUAUACAUGAUUCGUUUUAAGCUAAAGGCUAGUUACAUGGAAGAGAAGGAUAACUUUGCAAUAUAUUAUGUGGUGUUACCCUGUGCCAUGUUAGCCUUGGUUAUUCAUCCAUCAACUUCUCAUCAUAUAUUGAACAGGAUUUUCUGGGCAUUCUGUGUAUAUCUGGAAGCUGUUUCAGUUCUACCCCAACUUCGGGUCAUGCAGAACACCAAAAUCGUUGAGCCUUUCACCGCUCAUUAUGUAUUUGCACUGGGCGUAGCAAGAUUCUUGAGCUGUGCUCAUUGGGUUCUCCAGGUGUUAGAUACUCGUGGACAUUUGUUGGUUGCCUUAGGGUAUGGUUUAUGGCCGUCAAUGGUUCUUAUUUCAGAAAUUGUCCAGACAUUCAUCUUAGCCGAUUUCUGUUACUAUUAUGUCAAAAGCGUUUUCGGAGGACAGCUUGUUCUACGUCUUCCCUCUGGAGUGGUGUGA